UGGCCCUGAAAGUAUAAAGUCGAUCUCGGCGGAAUUUGAACUCAGAAUGUAAAGAGGUAGAAGAAAUGCCACUACAUAUGUUGUAUGCUUACAAUUCUGCCUGCUUGCCGCUUUUACAUUGCUGCUAAUAUUAAUUUGAGGCAGAAGCGGUUACCGCAUCGUUAGCAUAUCAGGCAAAAUACUUAGCGGCAUUUCGUUUGGUUUUAUGUCCUAAGUUCAAAUUCUGCCAAAGUCGACAUUGCCUUUCAUCCUUUAGGGGUCGAUUAAAAAGUACCAGUUUGAACAUUAAAGUCGAUAUAAUCUACUUACCCGCUCUUAUAAAAAUUGCUGGCCUUGUGUCAACAUUUGAGAAUAUUAUUAAUUUCAAACAUAAUGAUGAUUGUAUAUAGUCUGCAGAUCUUUAGAAAUUCGAGAAACACAUAUUUCCUACAAGCAAACCUUACAAGGCUUGCAGACAAGUAUUUAUAACUCACUGAAAACUGCUAUGUCGGGUGCUUUCAGCAAAGACACUGAACGUUGCUGGAACUUUUUUCUGUUGGGAACAUCAAUUAUAUUGUCACCGUUACUAAGUUGUCUUAAUGGCGGCUCCCGGCAAACAUCUAUCGAAUGCAACAGAUUCUGAGACUGUUGCGAAAAAGAAAUGUUUUCCUGGUCAUUGGAGUCAGGGAUUAUUAUCUUCCAUGGAAAACCCUGAGUUACGUGUAGACAGUGACGACCAGGUUGUAGUUAUAAAAGAUAAAUACCCAAAGGCUAAAUAUCAUUUCCUAGUUCUUCCAAAAAUGAAGAUUUCAAAUUUGAAGUCUGUUACCAAAGAUCAUGUCAGUCUUCUCAAACAUAUGCAUAAAAUGGGAAGUAAGAUGGCCAAAAGGAGUGAUGAAAAUCUUAAGUUUAAGAUUGGAUACCACAGCAUCCCUAGCAUGGGCCAGCUCCAUCUUCAUGUGAUCAGUGAAGACUUUUGCAGUCCAUGUUUAAAAACUAAGAAACAUUGGAAUUCUUUCACAACAAGUUAUUUCAUAGACUCAAUGGAGGUUAUCGAAACAGUUCAGAAAGAAGGCAAGCUCUCAUUUGAUGAAACAUUAAAUCAGAAAUUACUGAAAGAAAAUCUCAGGUGUCAUGUAUGUCACAAGGAGAUCACAACAAUGCCGGCUCUCAAACAACAUAUCACUCAACACGAUUAUUCCAUCAAAUAAAUCUAGCUUAAUAUAUUUAUGCAAUAAUAUAUAUAAA